AUGCGAGUUCCUUCCCCCGAGCAGAGUCUUCUUCAAUUCCUUCGUACAGCACUUCAGGUUCAUCACCGCUUCGUUUCCGGUUCGCUGUCUCGUGCGGAGUCCCCCAUCUACGUCAUCGGCAAUCCCUCCGCCGACCUCGAUUCAAUCGUCUCAGCCCUCGUGUACUCGUACUUUGCCAACAAUCGUGUUCCACGCGACUACCCACGCCCUCAUGUGCCUGUGAUUAACCUCGAUAAUGUUUCCGCCGGGCCCGAACUUGGCAGGUUACGCCCUGAAUUCGUGAAAGCACUCCAACUAUCUAGAUCCGAUGCGGGGGACACUGUGGAGAGCUCGCCGCUUGAAGAACACUUUCUGACUGUGGCGGACUUUGCGAACCAAGUGAAGGAACGACGUCUUGAAACCCAAUUACAAGCUGAUUCUGUCCUGGUAGACUGGAACGCGUUGCCGGUGCGAUCUUCGGACACCCGCUCGGGGAAUGGUUCCCUACCUAGCCUGCCAGUAGAGUUCACUGUCCUAGGCUGCAUUGACCACCAUGCAGACGAGGGGUUUCUCCCUCCUAUUGCUAGCACCCAGCCUAGCCUGAUCGCGACGACCGGUUCAUGUACUUCACUCGUCGUCACCGAGCUCGAGAAAAUGGGCCUCUGGCACAAAUCCGAUGAAAUGCCCCCAAAUGAAGAAGUGUUGGCGAAACUUGCGAUGAGCCCAAUCCUUAUUGACACGGCCAAUCUCAAGUCCAAAGACAAAGUGACUAAUCUCGAUAUCUCGGCUCGCGAUUUCCUCUUUCCCAAAGCAACCGCAACCGAUGCUCGAUGGGAUGCUGAUGGAUUUUACGCUGAGAUUCAAGAAACAAAGCAGAAUAGUCUAGAUCUGCUUACCGUAGAUGAGAUUCUAGGCCGGGACUACAAAGACUGGGACGAGAAACCUACCAGACACGCUAAUCAACUCCCGCUACGAAUCGGUAUCUGUUCCGUUGUCAAGCCAAUACCCUGGAUUGUUCGAAAGGCAGGCAAUCCAUACGCCUUCAUCGACUGCCUGAAAUCGUUCGCCUCAGAGCGCAAGUUGGACGUGGUUUCCGUUAUGACCGCGUUCAGCUCAAAAGAGGGUCGGUUUUCCCGGGAAUUGCUUGUUUGGGGACUUAACAGCGAGGGCGCGAAUGCUGUAAAAGCCCUAAUCUCCGAAGCAAGCUCCGAGUUGGGCUUGGAGGAAUGGAAAUCACUUGAUGAGGGUGAUGAUGCUCAAGGCAUCAAAGAUGCGUUAAGUGCUCUCGAGGAUGAUUCUCAAUUGGCGCGUCUAUGGAUACAGACGAAUGUGGCCAAGAGUAGGAAACAGGUUGCUCCACUUAUCAGAGCAGCUGCUGCCUCUCUAUAG